GCGAGCUUACCGGAAAUGCAAAGCGAUAAAACCAUGCCAGCAAACAACAACCAGAAAGGAGUGAGUGCCGCUGCCAGACUGGCCAAGCUGCCCGUGGUCCAGUCUGCCUGCAGUAGGCUUUCCAUCCUCUACUCUGACACUAAAUGCAACCAUCCCAACCUGAAGUCCGUGUGUGACCUGCUGGAGAACAAAGUGACGGCUUUAGGCACUGUGGCCUGUCACAGCGUUUCACCUGUGAUGUGUAAACUGGACACCCAGAUUUCUAUUGCAAAUGAUGUGGCAUGUAAAGGGCUGGACUGGCUGGAAACGAGGUUCCCUGUGCUUCAUGCACCCACAGAGCAGGUUGUUGCUACAGCCAAGAAAAAGUUACAUGAGCUCCAGGAUGCUGUUGGCGUAGCAGCUAGUGGAACCAUGGGCUGUGUGCAGUACACCGUGUCGUGGGUGAUGGAGCGCAUGCAGCAGGCUGAUGACGGGACUAAACAGUCACUUGCAAAGAGAGUUAUCAGUGUGGCCGGUGUGGGACUCGACUCUGCUCUGAACGUGUCUGAGGCCUUGGUGGAACAGGUGCUGCCUCCCCCAGAAGAAGAUAAAGAUGACAUUGCUGGAUCCCAAGUUGUUGCUACCGUUGGAAGUUACCCCGUGCGGGUCGUUUCACUUGCUGCAAAACUGUGUCGAAGAAGUUACUACAUGGUCUGGGCCAGGAUGCAAUCUGUUCAGGUGUGCUGUUAUGGCGAUUUUGUCCAGGCCUUCGUCUCUGGCUCCAGAUUUCGAGACUACCUGUUUGACUUUAGUCUGGAGCAUCCAGAGUUGGCCUCAGUAUCUGCAGCAUCAGGCUGUAUCUGCGUUGUUCUUCAUGUACACCUUGACCUGCUCACAGUCAGAACCAAAGCACUUCAGCCAUGUCCGAAGUCCAUGGAAUACUUUCGACAACUCCAAAGAUGUAGAGGAGAUUCAACCACGGAGAGGUCCUAUCUGCAGACUGAGGCCUAGUAAAGUGUCUGGGUUUGACAAUAGGUGUACGGUUAAACGAUAUGUUCGUUGUUGAUGUUUGUACAGUAAAUGUGCUUAUUUUGUCUAAUCUAAUUAUAGUAAAGGUGUUAAAUAGCUGAAAAAAUGUAUAUUAAGUACCAUGUUUAUUGUACUGGCUUGUUGCUUAUUUUGUCCUACAUAAUUCUAAAAGUAAAUUUGUAAAUAAAUUGAACAUUCAUGAACUGGAA